UUUUUUUGUUUUGUUUUAUCUAUCAACUCAUGUCAACUAGUCAUCUCGGGCAAGAUCAUGAACACCAUGACACAGAGCCCCUAAUAAGUCCUUCUGAGCAACAGACAACAUUGUCAGCACAACAAGAAGCGCGACAGGAAAAACGAAGAAAAGAAACAAUCGAGUUUUAUGUCGAGCAAUUAACUCUUUUGUUUUAUCCUUUGAUUAUCACAUUUGCCCUUACUUGCUGGAUAGAAACCACGCUAGCUAUUGAUAAUUCAAUUGUCAGCAACCCAUGGAUUGUCUAUAAUGAAGUGGAUUCAGAUAGUGUAGGAACUAAGUUAGGUGGUAGCCUUCUUAAUGCGAUUGUAGUGGUUUGUGGUGUUACUUUUAUGACAUUUAUGUUUGUGCUUUGUUUCAAGUAUCAAUUAUACAAGUUGUUGUUCUUUUGGUUAGGAUUAUCUGUCUUUUCUGUUUUGGGUGUUACAGCAUCAACUUUGUGGAUUGAAAUGAUGAGUGUAUAUCAACUACCGUUAGAUUUCAUUACUUUGGUAGCAUGUGCCUGGAAUUUUUCAAUUGUAGGUGUCGUUGCCAUCUUUUGGAAUAGUCCCCUUUGGUUACAACAAGCCUAUCUUAUUAUAGUCAGCGCAGUAACUUCAAUUAGUAUGCUACGAAUGCCUCCAUGGACGACUUGGACAGUCUUGAUUGCUAUUGCAAUUUAUGACUUGUUUGCUGUAUUGUGUCCUGCUGGACCUCUAAAUCUAUUGAUCUCAAUAGCUCAAGAAAGAGAUGAGGAGAUUCCUGCGUUAAUUUAUUCUGCUGGUAUGGCCAGCUUUGACACACCAGAAAGCGAGGCUGUUAUGGGAUAUCGAACACAAGAAUCCAAUCGUGCACCUUCUGCUUCUUUUUGGUCUUGGCUGCCAUUCUCUCGUAAAAAUGAAGGCUACCGCACUAUAGAUAAUGAACAAGAUGUUGACUCGGUCAACGAACUUGAUGAUAUGUCUAAUCAUCAACAAAUGUUUAGAAUAACAAGUCAAUCAGAGAGCGAGGAAGAAGAAGAAGAAGAAAUGAAUGCUAUUAAGCUCGGGCUAGGUGAUUUUAUAUUCUACAGUGUUCUUGUGGGGAAAGCAUCAAGAACUGACAUAGUGACUUUAUGCUUAUGCAUCAUCGCUAUUCUUAUUGGUCUUGCAUUAACAAUUUUAAUAUUAACACUAAAAAGGCAAGCACUGCCUGCUUUACCUUUUUCCAUAUUCUUUGGAACCGUUACUUAUGCUAUUGGAUACUUUAUGACAGGUCCAAUGAUCCGUCAACUUACAUUAGAUAUUGUCUUGUUAUAAAUACCCUUCCUCGUACUGUACUAAAACACAUUUAUUUUACA